UCAGGUUCCGUGUCAGUAGUCAGGCAUGCUACCAGGAGCCACCACCUCUUCUUGUCUUUCAGCUUUUACAAAUCCAACUACGUGCAAAAGUUUCACUACUCCAGGCCAGUGCGCAAGGGGACUGUCGACCCUGAGAAUGAGUUUGCUUCCAUGUGGAUUGAGAGAACCUCCUUCACGACUGCCUACAAGCUUCCAGGGAUCUUGCGCUGGUUCGAAGUGGUUCAGACAUCCCAGACCGCAAUUAGCCCUCUGGAGAAUGCCAUUGAAACCAUGUCUGCGGCCAACGAGAAGAUCUUGAUGAUGAUAAACCAGUACCAGAAUGAUGAAACCCUCCCCAUUAACCCAUUCUCCAUGCUUCUGAAUGGGAUUGUGGACCCUGCUGUCAUGGGGGGCUUCGCUAAGUACGAGAAGGCCUUCUUCACAGAAGAGUACACCAGGAUCCACCCUGAGGACCAGGACAAGCUGAGCCGCCUCAAGGACCUGAUUGCAUGGCAGAUUCCCCUCCUGGGAGCUGGAAUUAAGAUCCAUGAGAAAAGGGUAUCUGAAAAUCUGCGGCCAUUCCACGACCGGAUGGAGGAAUGUUUCAAGAACUUGAAAGUAAAGGUGGAGAAGGAAUAUGGUGUCAGAGAGAUGCCUGAAUUCGAGGAGAAGCGUGUGGGUGUGGGCCGCCCCCGGUCGAUGCUGCGUUCCUACAGGCAGAUAUCCAUCAUCUCUAUGGCAUCCGUGAACUCUGACUGCAGCACCCCCAGCAAGACCACCUCUGAGAGCUUUGACCUGGAAGUAGCACCCCCUAAGACUCCAAAAAUGGAGUCAGAGGACCCAAUCUCUCCGGGGAGCACACUACCAGAAGUCAAACUGCGGCGGUCCAAGAAGAGGGCCAAGAGGAGCAGCGUGGUGUUUGCAGAUGAGAAGGCAGCAGCCGACUCAGACAUGAAGCGGCUUUCCAGGAAGCAUGAGUUCAUGAGUGACACCAACCUCUCGGAGCACACAGCCAUCCCUCCCAGGACCUCCAUUCUCUCUCAGAUGAGUUUUGCCAGCCAAUCGAUGCCCACCAUCCCAGGUAUGCACACUGCCACCACCAGCAUGGGGAAUAAAUGUAGUGUAGACUCCGCUGGAAAGUAG